AAAAAAAAAUCCGUAGUGGGAAAAAUAAGUGGGCAGAGUGUAUUGGGUUAAGAAGCAAAAGAAUUGGGUAUCGCUGGGACAGCUUUUGUUUGACAGCACAGCACUCGGAAAUUUCUGGCGAUCUCUGCGUUUUCCCCUAUUUUUUCUGAAUCCCACAGAAUGGCAUCCAACAGGGGUCAAGGUGGAAUUCAGCAGUUGUUGGCUGCUGAACAAGAGGCACAACGGAUUGUGAAUGCUGCAAAAAAUGAAAAAUUGGCUAGGUUGAAACAGGCCAAGGAAGAGGCUGAAAAGGAGAUUGCUGAAUACCGAGCUCAACUAGAGGCUGAGUUUCAAAAGAAAGUGUCAGACAGUACUGGAGAUUCUGGAGCUAAUGUCAAGCGGCUUGAGCAAGAGACCGAAGAAAAAAUCCAUCACCUGAAAACGGAGGCUGCAAGAAUAUCGGAUGAUGUUGUCGCCAUGCUCCUCAAGUAUGUGACAAGUGUGAAAAAUUAGGACCCUUUGAUAUAUAUUGUGCUGAGGACUCCUAAAUUAUGAUGAUUAUUAUUCUGAGUUGAUUUUUUACUCUAGAUAUUCUGGUGCGGGUGAGCUUCUUGUUUUGGUUACAACGCUUAGUACCUUGCUGCAUUGUACUCAGUCCGAAAUGACUUCAAAUUUGUUAAAUAAACACUUCAGAAUUAAAAGGCGAGUGUAUUUUGUGUUGCUGUUUUAACGAGUGUUUGAGGACUA